ACAUUAAAAUUUAAAAGGGCAGCUGAAGCUGUUAAUUUCAUAUUUAUGGCCAUCAAUCACUGCAUCCCUGGUUAGAUCUCAAUAUUCCAUCAACUCCAUAAAAGAAAGAGAAAUAGGAAACAAUGUCAAGGCGAUCAGGGACUUGCUUGAGGCUAUGCCUUGUAACAUUUGCCGUGGUUUCAGCACUUGCAGUUUGUGGACCUGCUCUUUACUGGAGAUUCAACAAAACUCUCAAGCUUGGUGAUUCCAAAUCGUCCUGUCCCCCUUGCAUCUGUGAUUGUCCUCCUCCUCUUUCCCUUCUCAAGAUUGCCCCCGGAUUGACUAAUCUCUCCAUCACAGAUUGUGGAAACAAUGACCCUGAUCUCAAACAAGAGAUGGAGAAGCAAUUUGUGGACCUUCUGACAGAGGAGUUGAAGUUGCAGGAGGCCGUUGCAGAAGAGCAUUCCCGCCAUAUGAACAUCACCAUUGGUGAAGCGAAAAGGGUGGCUUCCCAGUACCAAAAGGAGGUGGAGAAAUGUAUCGCUGCCACUGAAACCUGUGAGGAAGCAAGAGAACGAGCCGAGGCCUCGCUAAUCAGGGAGAGGAAAGUUACAACAUUGUGGGAGCAACGAGCUCGACAAAUGGGUUGGUAAGGGGAAUAAACUCCGUGUGGUUCAUUCAAUUAUCCUAGGCUAGAAUAUUCUUGCAAGCAGGCAAGAAAAGUUGCUUGGUUAAAUCUUGUUGGGGCAAAAGCCCCCAAAAUAUCUAUUUCCCUUCUGUAUUUUCACCUGUUUCAACUGUCAUACUACUGUGUGGACAUAUAUAUUUAUAUUUUACAUAUAAUAAAGUCUUAUAUGUAC